AUAUUUGGCUUUGGAAUCAAUUGUACCUAUAUAUUCAGUAUAUGUUCUUUUUAUUUGAAGUGAAAUCUCAAACUUUUGUUCAAAGUCUUUUUUUUUAUUAUAAAUUCUUAUAGGCUGUGUAUAUACUGCAAUGGACCCAAGGGACCUAGUUUAAACUGGAAACAUGUUACCUAUUGGAUCUCCCCUCAACUCCCCCUUUCUAUCCUCAGCAAGACUCUCCCCAUGUCUUAUCCCUCCUUCGGCUUCCCCUUCCUGUCUUUCGCCUUUUCCCAUUAACUUGGGCUUUUCUCCCUCCCGUCUCUCACUUUUAUCCACUUCUCCUUCUUGUCUCUGUCCAACUUCUCGCUCUCCUGUUUAUCUGUCUCCCUGCCCCACAUGUGACCCAUCUACCUCACCCAUUAGAGUGUCCUCCUGUCCCAUGCCUCUAUCCCCCUCUGUUGUUUAAAAAAAGCCUAUCUACAUUUCCCCCUUCAGUCAAACCAGGCAAAGCUUGGAACAACAGAACCACAUCGAUAGAUCUCCUAAAAGCAUCAUCAAUACAGUGGAUACAUCUCUAAAUUCACCAUGACUGAAGUCAGUCUAUACCAUUUCUCAAUUAGAGACUUCAAUUAGAGUGCAACCAACAGAUGAAAACAAACCCUUACCUUCUGCAGAUAUGCAUGGUAAAACAUGGCCAGUAGAAAGCAAAAUGUGUAGAUUCAUGCCUGUUUCAUCCACUGAGAGAAGUUUAAGGUCAAUUCCCAUAACCAACACAAGGGGUCAAAAGAAGCAAACUGGCCAACAACAAGAUCCAUUCAGACCCUCACACCAGCAUAAACUAAAGCAAGAUUCGAACAUCUAUUACAGGGGUGCUACCAAGUUUUCAACAUUUGAAAGCUUAAGCUCUAAAAACCUCAGACAUGUUGAAAAAAGUGCAUACAGACCACAAAAUUUAGCUAGCUAUCAAACGAAGCACCAAUCUCAAGACCCUACUCUAGUUCGAAUCCGGCUUGGAUUGAUUAAAACAGGCAGGAUUAUAAACUCUGAUGCCCAGUUUUCCAAUCUGGAGAAGAUCAAGGGAAGCAAUGAAGGGAACAUUCCAAAUAUUCCGAGGGAUGGAUACCCUGCUGUUUCAGAAAAGUUAAAACAGCCUAUUCAUUCAAAAAUAAUGUUAGGAGCAGCCAAGCAGAUAAGAAGACCCAUGAUGUGUGAGAAGAGCUGUGGGAAAACUCAAAACCAACCACAAGCUUCAGCUGAAAGAACAAGACAGAUUUUCAGACCGUCAGCACUUACAAAUCCAAUCUCAUCACCUAAAGCUACCACAAAGCAAAAGGAUAUUUUCCAAGAACUUGAUAAUGUACGAUCUCUAAAGGAAUACAGUGAACUGGUUUCAUCCAACUCAGAGCUUCAAGACAAAGCUUCAGAGAACUGUAACGCCAAAAAUGAUAGUUCUCAUGAAAGUAAUAUGAUGAUGAACCCCUCCCAACAUGACAACCAAGAGUCUAAAUCAAAGAUCUGGCCUCAGUCUGCAGUUUCCGAGACAGACAGCGCCAUCAUCACCUACAGUAAUGCACCAGAUCAGUGCAGCCGCAUGAGCUGCUUCCAGUUCCCUUUGAAGAGUCAUAGGUCAUCCACUGAAUGCGGUCAGCUGAGCCCAAUCUGUAGACCUGUGAUCAAAAGAACAUCUGACAGUAGACCUGCAUACUUCAAUACUCCUCAGGCAUGGAGAAUAUUUUCCUUAAACUAAACAACAGGAAACACAAGAAGGGAUGUCAGCAAUUCAUCCCGUAAUAGAUGCAGCCUUUUGGAUUCAGAUUCUGCUAAAUCCUCUUCAAGCAAAGGAAACUUGUGUGAAGAUUACAGAUUUGCGAGAAGACACAGUGGUUUGCGGUUAUGCAAAAAUUGUGCUAGUAGUUGUCCAACCAAAUUUGUUGGAGAGAAACAAGAAUCAGCUGUUCACCCAGACCUUUUGGAAAGCCCAGUGUCAGGGUUCUGUCACUUCAGUCUAGUGGUAUUCAUGGUUUUGUGACAGAGCCCUGAUACUCUCCUCAUUUCAUUGUUUUCAUGUGAGCGCGCGGCUUCCAGACUGCUCGA